AUGAGCCAGCCGGUCGUGGUCCUCACCACGUCGCAAGACAGGACAAUUCCACAGCAGCGUGACUGCAGAUUUGAGAAUCGCACAGGUGAAGAGUUGCAGACUUUUGCCAGGCUGCUGAACAAUUCUCUGAUCGAGCGGUGGGUGACAGAGAAUUUCGACGAUUCUAGAUUCCACAAAAAGCUCGCUGGGAUUCCGACUGGAUUCUACACGCCCAACUGCGAGAUUGCAGGACAAGCAAAUCAGGAUUGCAGUCAGGAGUGGUGGUCGGUAAUCAAGGCUGGAUGGCUGGUGCCUCUGUCGCAAAGGCCGCUCACUCUGAGCUGCAAUGGCAGGCAUCAUAAGGAAGCCGCCGGGGGCCAGUUCACCGACAGGGUCAACGCGCUCAAAAACUGCAGGCCAGGCGGCCCAUGGGGAGACUUCUCUGAGCUUCGAGGCGAGAUGUUUAGCAAUCAGUUUGCUGCUUGGUGGCAGAAUCACUCUUUCGUCCUUUGCCCUCACGGCGGUGGCCUUGACCCCAGCCCAAGGGCUUUCAUGGCCAUCGCCUCAGGUGCUAUCCCAAUCGUGCAGAGUACGCCUGGUCUGGACACGGUCUACUCUCAGCUCCCUGUGGCGUUUGUGCGUGAUUGGAAGCCAGCGUCCAUCUCCGUCAAGAAGCUGCAGCGCUGGCGGGAUCAUCUGGCGCCCCAGUAUGAAGAUCCCGAGCUGGUGGCGAAGGUGAUCGCCAGACUCACAAUGAAGUAUUGGUGGGAGGGGACAGUCAAUCGCACAGUCAGGAUGACGAGCAAGACGAAGAGGAAUAGUAAUAAAAAGACGACGAAGGCCGCCGCGCAGACAGCAGUGGGCAUCCAAAGGGCUCCCAUGCAGGAGGGUGCCGCGCAGACCGCGGUGGGCAUCCAGAGGGCUCCCAUGCAGCAAGAGGUCGCCGCUCAGACAGCAGUGGGCAUCCAGAGGGCUCCCACUCAGAAAGAGGGUGACGGGCGAACAGCAGUGGGCAGCGAGCACAUCCCUACGCAGGAAGAGAGCGCCGCGGAGAUAGAAGCGGGCAUCCAGAGGGCAGCGGGGCAGAAGGCUGGCUCCAGGCGGAGAAGCUCGCAGGAGACAACCAGGCCGCGCACAAAGCAGGCUGGGAGCGCUGCGCAAGCAGCACCGGGCAGCCCGAGGGGCGCGAGGGAGCUGAUCGAGCGAGGCUCCCGACAGCAGAGGAAGCAGGACGGCAAGCAGAGGAGCCGGCAGGAGAUCGCCAGGCAGCGGAAGGACAUCAGGGUCGCGAGAAGAAGGGCAGAGGAAGCGGCUCGCGCACUCGCGCAGGGGACUUGA